AUGGAUUUGAAGGAGAGAAUAUUUUAUUUUCUGUCUUUUAUAAUUUCCCUUAUUAUUGGUCUUUUCUUUCCUUUAUCUGUUGAUUCACAAUGUAAUGGAAAUCUAGUAAUUAUCAAUUUUGGUGACUCCAAUUCUGAUACUGGUGGCUACGUUAUAAUACGUGGAAUGAUCGGACAGCUUCCGAAAAAACACACCAUCAAUCAUGAUUUAGCUGGUCGAAUGUGUGAUGGCAAAUUAGUCAUUGAUUUUCUAUAUACCAUUUACACUGGAUUUGUUGUUACUGUUGUCAGAGGCAAAGCCACACUUUGGUUAGGCAGUCAAUUGACCAUCUUUUGUCGGAAAAUUAUACUGCGCGAAAGUGUGAAAAAUGGUUAUUUAACUCCAUUUAUGGAGUCAAUGGGCAAAAACUUUACAAACGGAGUUAAUUUUGCUAUUGCUGGUUCUAAAACUCUUCCAGCCUCAGAUUCUUUUAAUUUAAAGAUCCAAAUUGCCCAGUUCCAUCGGUUUCGAUCUCUUUCUCUUGAGUUAUUUGACAAAGGUAAUGGAAAUUUGCUAGGAGAUGAAGAUUUAAGGAAUGCCCUCUACACAAUUGAUAUUGGACAAAAUGAUUUGGAUGGAGUGUUUGGUGGUCUCUCAUAUGAAAAAGCUAUCCUAAAAAUUCCUGAUUUUAUUUAUGAAAUUGAAAAUGCAAUAAAGGCAAUUUAUGAAGAAGGUGGAAAGAAUUUUUGGGUACAUAAUACAGGGCCAAUAGGGUGCUUGCCUAAAUCACUUACAACAUAUAACAAGUAUAAGGAUGAUUAUGAUGAGCAUGGUUGCCUAAGAUCUCUAAACGAAGGUGCAAAAAUAUUCAAUGACAAACUGUACCUUCUCUCCGAAAAACUAAGAGAUGAAUUGAAGAACACCACCAUUGUUUAUGUUGAUGUCUACUCCAUCAAAUAUGACCUCAUUGCCAAUUCUUCAAACUAUGGGUUUGUGAAUCCAUUGAUGGCAUGUUGUGGAUAUGGAGGGCCACCAUACAAUUUUGAAUCAAACAACAAAUGUGGGCAAGGAAAUUACACAAUAUGUGAGGAUAGAUCCAAGUACAUUAGCUGGGAUGGUGCUCAUUAUACAGAAGCAGCUAAUGCAGUUGUUGCCUCUAAAAUACUCUCAUCAAACUACUCUACACCUCCACUCAAGUUCAAUAGUUUUUGCAACAUUGCACCUUGAUAUGGGACUAAAUACUCUGGUCAAUCAGUGAGGUUGUAUGCAGUUUUGUUUGGCAAAUAAGUUUUUUCCAGAUUUUGUAUCAAAAACAAUAGUAUGCAAACCUAGCAAUUUCAAUGUCAAAAGAAGCUAUCUAAUCUAUCUCCCCAGUCUGGAAACUAGGAAAACUUCAAUACAAGAUCCUGUAGAAUUCAAAAUUUAUAUACAAACAAGCAGAUCAAUCAAAAAUGCAUGCUAUCAGGCUCUUGAGGCAUGAUUUUGUAUAGAUAACGCGUAGAACAAAGGAUAAAUAAGUUAAAGUUUUUAACAGCCUGACCCAAGAUAGGGGCAUGAACACAUGUACUUGUUGUCUAGAGGCAUAUACACCAAUAGACAACUAUAUCUCAAUCUUAAACUAGUUAAGAACUACAUGACUCUAUCAUAUGUUCUGCUCCAUUUGGAUCCAUUUUCACUCCAAUACUCAAUAGCUCAUUCCAAGAUGAUACUAACAAGAGAAACUUAACCAUUUAAGAAUAGCCAAAUAUAGGUAACAAGAUCAAGCUAAAGAUGACAAGCUGGAAUUGGUGUAAAACUCCAUAAAACCUACUUCAAAAAAGUUUUUGAAGUACAUAGCUUAUUCAGCUAAAAGAAUCUUCCCAUCCAUUUGGAUAAAGCAGUCCUCCCAAAACUAAAUUGGUAGGAAUAUCAAAAAAGACCAAAUGCCUAACCUAAAUUUCACGAGUCAAGGUAUCGCCAAAAAAAUCUUAAAGCACCCUUUCACUUUGAAGGUGUGAAAUUAAA